GAGGGGCGCGGGUGGCGCUGGGAGGCCCCUGUUAGCAGCAGCGGUCAGAGCUGAGGCGAGCGACGGGAAACUGUCGCUGUUCAGAGCCGAGUAGCGACUGAAACUUCACUGCCAAGAUGUCCGACGACGAGCAAGAACAGACCAUAGCCGAGGAUCUGGUGGUCACCAAGUACAAGAUGGGGGGUGACAUCGCCAACCAGGCUCUUCGUCUGGUCGUGGAAGCAGCCAAGCCUGGGGUGAAUGUUCUCAGCCUCUGUGAAAAGGGGGACGCAUACAUCAUGGCUGAGACUGGAAAGGUCUUCAAGAAGGAAAAGGAAAUGAAGAAAGGCAUUGCCUUUCCCACCAGCGUCUCAGUCAAUAACUGUGUUUGCCACUUCUCUCCCCUGAAGAGUGACCCUGACUACACACUUAAAGAUGGGGAUCUGGUCAAAAUAGAUCUAGGGGUUCAUGUCGACGGAUUCAUUGCCAAUGUUGCUCACAGCUUUGUUGUGGGAGCCAGUAAGGAGAACCCCAUCACAGGCCGCAAAGCUGAUGUAAUCAAAGCGGCCCAUCUGUGUGCAGAAGCAGCUCUUCGCCUUGUUAAACCUGGUAACCAGAACACUCAAGUGACAGAAGCCUGGAACAAGAUCGCUCAGUCGUUCAAAUGCUCACCUAUCGAGGGUAUGCUGUCUCAUCAGCUAAAGCAGCAUGUCAUAGAUGGAGAGAAGACCAUCAUCCAGAACCCAACAGACCAGCAAAGGAAGGACCAUGAGAAAGCAGAGUUUGAGGUGCAUGAAGUCUAUGCUGUGGACGUCUUGAUUAGCAGCGGAGAAGGGAAGGCCAGAGAUGGAGGCCUGAGGACCACCAUUUAUAAGAGGGACCCCAGUAAGCAGUAUGGCUUGAAGAUGAAAACUUCCCGUACGUUCUUCAGUGAAGUUGAACGACGCUUUGAUGCCAUGCCCUUCACUCUUAGGGCGUUUGAGGAUGAGGCCAAAGCCCGUCUGGGUGUGGUGGAAUGUGCCAAACAUGAAUUGCUACAGCCCUUCAGUGUGCUCCAUGAGAAAGAAGGAGAGUUUGUAGCUCAGUUUAAGUUCACAGUGCUGCUGAUGGCCAACGGGCCUCACAGAAUCACCAAUGGACCCUUCGACCCAGACUUCUACAAGUCAGAGCAUGAAGUUCAGGACCCAGAGCUAAGGACUUUACUACAGAGCUCUGCAAGCCGUAAAACACAAAAGAAAAAGAAAAAGAAGGCCUCAAAGACGGCAGAAAAUGCAACUGGACAGCCAACUGAGGACACAGAAGCAGCAGGAUAAACAAAUGAAUACUGCCUUUCCACACAUGCGAGACCCCAGAGAGAAGCAAGAGAAGACAUAAAAUGCCCUAAACUCUCUGCCUAUCAUAGUAGAGUUGAUUUCACAAAUUAAACUGAUGAAUUCAUGAGAACUUUGGAAUCAGUUGAAUAUUUGAAGGAUCCUACAUGGAUGCUUAACCCUUUACUGCAUUGAAGAAAAGUACCAUGGGAGGAUUUUUGCUGUGUUUUUCUUGCCUAACUUGAGUAGGAAAUAAAGACUAUUUGCAAAUAGUUACAUCUUUGAAAAGACUUGUUGCCAAAUGGUAAAUGUGCGACUUGUGCCUGUUUUUGUAAAUUUAAAAAUCAUCAUGCUUGUAUUAUUUGCAGCUGAAAAUUUCCUUUUCAGUAAAGGUGUAGCUUACAGUGGGUGUUAAUGGGAGCAAAUCGGUCUGAUUUUGACAUACAUCUAUAAAGGGUUUGUAAAUGGAUACUUUUGUCACUUUAUAUUUGUCAUUUCAAUGUAAAGGCAUCAGUGUAUCCAAGUCCACCUGGGUAGCUUGUAGCUUGAAUGGGAUGUUUUGACUGAACUGUCACAUGUUGCUUCCCUUUGGCAACAAAGUUAAAACAAUUUAUCUUUCACUUUACAGUGAAAAUGAAUAUCCAGAUGUUUUUGGAAAGUUAAGGAGAACCUUUUCACCUCAUAAGUGUGUGAAUCGGUGGGAAUGAUGAUUUUAGUCAUCCACUGUAUUAUCACACAGCUGAGACCUUAAAGCAUUUAAAAACAUGUCAUCAAAAACUAUUUUUCUUGACUACACCAUGCAGUAAAGGGUUAAAUUAUGAAUUUGACCCAGUCAUAAAGAAUGAAAUUAGAAGUUUUGUUACAAUAAUUUCAAAAAUGUAACUCAAAAUUGACCGUGACCACAUGUAUUGUAAUAUAAUAGACGGCUUUUGCUCCAGAGUUAAAUGUAGUGAGGGUUUAUGGGUACUCUUCUAUCAUCUUGACCUGACCACAGUUUUGGCUGAAGCUACAAUGUUUUAACCACGCAAGAUUUUUUUACAGCAAUAACUAGAGCAAAAGACCAGAGUAUUUUUUAAGAGCACAAGCAAAAAAAAACAUACAAUUGUAAUCAGCUUGACUUUAGGGAACAAAUUGCUAUGUUUACUGCCAUUCCCCUUGAACUUUAUGAAAAGAUAGAAAUGUUUAUGUUCCAAUUUUGAAAGACUUUUUUCUAUUUGUGACACCUGUAACUUGCUUUACUACAUCAUUAAUCUUGUGAAUCGUGAAAGCGGAAGCUGAUCAGGUUUUUAAAAAAAGAGAAAAGAAAAAAGGUUUUGUGGGUGUCUUCAGUGGAGUUCGAUGAGUGAGAGUUUCAUUUAAAGGUCUGUGACAGUGUUGGGUCACAUUUGUCAACAAGUGAAUCUGUUGAGCAAAGUAAAAUCCUGCGUUGUAGCUCAGUCAGUGGCUGAUGGAACUUUACAUCUAAUGAAAUAAAAACAUUUUCAUACA